AUGUCUCGACCAACAAAGGCCGACUGGGCCGACGACGAAGAGUUCGACGACCCCUCUGCCCUCCCCCCCCAACAAAUCACAACCAACAAAGACGGCACCAAGACCGUAGUUUCAUACCGCUUCAAUGACGAAGGCAAGAAAGUAAAAGUCACCCGCCGCAUCAAAACAACCGUCGUCCGCGAACACGUCAAUCCGCAAGUCGCGGAGCGCAGAACAUGGGCCAAGUUCGGCUUGGAAAAAGGUCACGCUGCUGGUCCCUCGUUUGACACUACCUCCGUCGGUGAAAACAUUGUCUUCCGCCCGUCUGUCAACUGGAAGGCGCAAGCUGCGGAGGCGGAGAAGAACGGCGGCGAGAAAGGAAGCAUCAAGGACCAGCUGAAGGAUAAGAAGGUCAAGUGCCGGAUUUGUUCAGGCGAGCACUUUACCGCGCGCUGUCCAUUCAAGGAUACCAUGGCGCCCGUGGAUGAACCCGGUGCUGGUGGUGCUGAAGGUGGUGCUGCGGCUGGCGAGGAUGCGGCUGGAGGUCUGGGUGCUGGCGGUGGUAGUUAUGUGCCGCCUCAUCUACGGAAGGGCGCUGCAGGUGGUGGCGAACGGAUGGCCGGGAAGUAUGAGAAGGAUGAUUUGGCGACUCUCAGAGUUACAAACGUUUCCGAACUUGCGGAGGAACAAGAACUCAGGGAUCUAUUCGAGCGGUUCGGUCGUGUUACCAGAGUUUUCUUGGCCAGGGACAGAGAAACCCAGAGAGCCAAGGGCUUUGCCUUCAUCAGCUUUGCGGACCGGAGCGACGCCGCACGUGCCUGCGACAAGAUGGAUGGAUUCGGUUACCGCCACCUCAUUCUUCGCGUCGAAUUCGCAAAGAGGGCCACUUAGAUUUUUUCUCCAUUUUCUUCGUCGUAUCAUAUCAUAUUAUCUUUGGGGAUUAUUUCUGCUUCGAUCGGGAUUUACGACGCUGUUCUGCAGGUCUACACUGGCCUGUUUAGGCAGAUUGGAUGACUCCAUACAUACUCUUGCCUCACGAGUUCCUUUUUCUCAAUAAAAGUGUCAUGAUCCGUGAAUAACGAAGU